AGACACCCUCAAAAAAAAAAAAAAAAAACAACAACACAAAAAUCAAAAACAACAAGCCGAAACCAGACGUAUAGAAGGAAGGAAGACCGCAGCAGAAACAACAACAUCUACACAGAAAAAAUUCUGACAACGACAGCAGCAGCAACAACAGCAGCAGCGAUUACAAAUAAAUCUGCAACAACAGCGACAGCGGCAGCGACGACAGCAGCGACGACCGAGGACAAGGCAGCUAAGUCUAAUUACAAAAAAUUUUUUUAUAAUAUAUACACAGUUACAUAUAAGUAUAUAUAAAAAGUUAAAGAAUUAGGAGAAACCCUGUUAAAGAAAAUAAUAAUAAUAAUAAUUAGAUAUAUUUUUCUUGUCCGCAAAAAAAAAAAAACACAAUGUUGUCCGCUGAGUCCAUAGCUUUAAUUAAAAAGCAGGUAGAGAUAACAGAAAGGAGUAGAGAAUUGGUAAAAUUACCCAGCUUUAGUGUAGAAUCAAUACGAGAGUAUGAAAAGCUAAAAAGUGAAUGCGUUUCAAAUCACUCGUCACUGCUGCGGAUUGGAGUAGUCGAUCACGACUACUUCAAAAACAAGCAUUUUGACGAGAUGAUGUCAGGUUUCAAGACAAUAAAAGAAAAAAUUGAGGAAGUGUUUAAAAAGGCAGAAGAGGAGGCAGAGAAAAAAACAGAACAAAAAAAGAUAGAUCUAGCACUAGAGCAACUAGAGAGUUAUUUACAAGAUACUCUUCUUGCAAUUCAGGAGGAUAAAGUAAAAACGUUUGACAUUAGGAUCAAAAAAAUUAAUUUUUAUUGGGAUAGACUGAUUAAUUUAAAAGAAGUCACCCAUGUUGAUGUCACUGAUAGGGCAUAUGAUUCAAGAUUCGACGAAAUCGAAUUCGACAUCGCAAUAUUAAUAAGCGAUAUGAAAAAGAAAACCCAGGAAGUUGUGCCAAUAAAGGUAGAUGUGGCAAAUCUCAAAAUUGAUGAUUUGCCAACAUUACCAAAAAUACAGGUCCCAGCGUUUUUUGGAGAUUCCAAAGAUUGGGACCUAUUUUAUGAGCUCUUCACUGAGCUCAUUCAUUUAAGGGAGGAUUUAAGUCCGACCUUAAAAUUUAAUUAUCUCAAGAUCUCGGUAAAAGGAGAAGCCAGAAACGUGGUUUCUCACUUAUUACUGGGGUCUGGGGAAAAUUAUGAAGCCGCUUGGGAAUUAUUGACCAAGCGGUAUGAAAAUAAACGGAAAAUAUUUUCCGAACAGCUUAAUCGCCUCCUUGAGCUUGAGAAUGUGAAUCUCGACUCAACAAGGCAAUUAAGGAUGUUUAUUAGAGCGGAACCUUUGUUAACUUUUUAGUUUAUAACUAUUAGUUAGCAUUAAAUAAAUAAAUAAAUAAAGGAUGUUUAUUGACACUAUAAAUGAGUCAAUUCACAUGAUAAAAUUAAAGGCACAAGUUUCCGAUGAGGUUGAUUUAAUCUUUGCACAAAUAAUUUUAAAGAAAUUUAAUAAAGAGGCUCUGCAGCUUUAUGAGAGCCAUACAAAGAAACCAAAGGAAAUUCAAUUAUUAUCCGAUGUAAUUGAAUUCUUAGAGCAGCGAUUAAGUUCGAUAAGCUCUGUUCAGGAUGAAAAUCCUGUUAAAAUAAAUAAUGCUAUAAAAAAAAUUUUCACUAGCAAUUGUCCCAUUUGCAAAGGUUUGGGACACACAGUGGCACAGUGCCAAACAUUUAGAGCAUUAAAUCCAUCAGAAAGGAUGAAAAAAAUUAAAAAGGCAAAAUUAUGCUUUAAAUGUCUUAAUCACGGACAUCAUAUAAAAUGUCUAAGCAAUAUAACGUGUUCGGUGUGCAGGGGAUAUCACCAUAGCAUGCUGCAUCUAUCACAAUAUAAAACAAGAAAGGAAGCUAACUUCGGCACGCCGAAGUUUGUAUACCCUUG